AGAUCCAACCCUUCAAAUCAGUUCUCAUAGUUUCUUGAGUCAUUCCUGGGUGUGAUUUAUUAAAAACAUCCUCGCAUCGUGGAAUAAUUAAACAUGGAGAGCAAGCCAGUUGCGACAAACCAAAAUACGGAAUUGGAGAAGGCAAAGCUGCUGAAAAAAAAAACUCCCGAAGAAUUGGCAGCACUGGCAAGCAAGAAGGUAUUCUCAACGGAAUCAGUUGAAGAACCAGUUCCAGUUACUCGUCGUCCAAGUGAAUUGUCAAUGGGUUCAUUGAAUAAUCAAUUGAAAGAAGUUCAAAUGGUAAAAGCAUUCAAUUCGGCUGAGAAUCAUGCAUAUAAAACUGCCAAUGACGGAGAGAAAAAGGACAAAAAGUGAUAACUCGUUUUAGAAACUGAAAUAAAUAUUUGAGCCAUUG